GGUGUUUCAGAGUAAUCUUUUCAACUGGGAGACCAAUUGGCUUUUCUUCGGAUCCUCUCCCUUGAACCUCCCUUGAACCGCAGCUGCCUCUUGCGUUCUAGGGGGAAUUUGAGAGAGAAAAACGAAAAAAAAAAAAAUUAAAAAAAAGCAAUAAUUUUCCAAGAAAAUUAAAAGAAAGAAAGAGGGAAAGAAAAGUGGCGUUUAAUUAAUUUAAUCCCAUUUUUCUUUUUCCCUCCUUUUGUCAGAUAUAUAUAUAGAGAGAGAGAAGAGCUGAGAAAAUGUCAGGAGACGAUUCAGGUAACAAAAAGAGAUUAGCCAUUAUUGGGAUCUCUUCUAUCCUCCUGGUAGCUAUGGUGAUUGCUGUCACCGUUAGCGUCAGCGUCAACGAUGAAGAUAGCGAAAACGGAGAAGACAUCAAUGGAAAAAACCACAAAAGCAGCAGUGAGGUAUCUGCCUCGAUGAAAGCCAUUAAAGCUAUUUGCCAACCUGCAAAUUACAAAGAAACGUGCGAGAAAAGUCUUGAAAAAUCGUCUGGAAACACUACAGACCCCAAAGAACUCAUCAAGAUUGCUUUUAAAGUUGCACAGAAACAGAUUAAUGAAGCUGCCAAGAAAUCAACAACCUUGCAAGAACUAGAAAAGGACCCAAGAGCCCAAGGUGCUCUUAGUAGUUGCAAAGAACUCAUGAAAAUGUCUAUUAGUGAGCUCCAGAGCUCUCUCAUGAGAGUCGCGGACUUCGAUAUCAGCAUGUUGGAUGAACUAAUGGCAGAUUUGAGAACUUGGCUUAGCGCUUCCAUCACUUACCAAGAAACUUGCCUUGAUGGAUUCGAAAAUACAACAUCAGAUGCUGGACAAAAAAUGAAGAAAGCAUUAAAGACUGCAAUGGAGAUGAGCAGCAAUGGUCUUGACAUUAUUGAUGGAUUCUCUAGUGUGCUUUCAGAGCUGCAAAUUCCAGGUAUCAGCCGCCGCCUUCUUCAGGAUGACCUUCCUGUUGUAGGCCAUGGUGAUUUACCUUCAAAAUUCCCUAGCUGGGUCGAUCCUGGAACUCGCAGACUCCUUGGCGUGCCUGCUUCCAAGAUUAAGCCUAAUAUUGUUGUUGCUAAGGAUGGAAGUGGAGACUACAAAACUAUCCGCGCCGCCUUGCGAAGUAUCCCCAAGAGAAAAACCAACGAGACAUUUGUGUUGUAUAUCAAGCAGGGAAUUUACAAAGAGUACGUUGAGUUCAAUAAGACCUUGGACAAUUUGAUGGUGAUCGGAGAUGGCCCUGAUAAGACUCGCAUCACUGGGAACAAGAACUUCAUCGAUGGAAUCAACACCUAUCACACUGCAACUGUUGUUGUUCUUGGAGACCACUUUGUGGCAAAGAAUAUUGGCUUUGAGAACAGUGCUGGUGCAACUAAACAUCAGGCAGUGGCAUUAAGGGUUUCUGCAGAUUUCGCUGUGUUCUACAACUGCUCAAUGGAUGGAUACCAAGAUACACUAUACACACACGCCAAGCGCCAGUUCUACCGCGACUGCUCCAUCUCAGGCACCAUUGAUUUCGUAUUUGGUGAUGCUCCUGUGGUGUUUCAGAACUGCACAUUCUUGGUCCGGAAGCCCCUGGAAAACCAGCAGUGCAUCGUGACUGCACAAGGCAGAAAGCAAAGGCGACAACCAUCAGCUAUUAUCAUCCAAAACAGCACUAUCACUGCACAUCCUGAAAUGCUCCCGGUAAGGAAGCAGUUCAAGUCAUAUCUUGGACGUCCAUGGAAGGAGUUCUCAAGAACCAUCAUCAUGGAAUCUUUCAUUGAUGAUUUGAUCGAACCAGUAGGGUGGUUGCCAUGGUUUGGAAAUUUUGGACUCAAAACUUGCUGGUACACAGAAUUCAACAAUUAUGGCCCUGGUUCUGACAAGAAAGCUCGUGUGACAUGGAAUGGAAUCAAGACCAUUACACGCCAACACGCCAUAGAUUUCACGCCAGGGAGGUUCCUCCGAGGAGAUACCUGGAUCAAGGCCAUAGGAGUGCCUUAUGCACCCUACUUGACAAGACCUUGAAAGAGGGACUUUUUUUUUUUUCAUUUUUUUAAAAAAUUUUUUUCCUAGUCUGUAUAUGUGAUUUUCUACUACCGAUUGACUGAUGUUCGCCUGAACAAACUAGAUUUUCCAUCAUUUGUAAUCCAGAAAAACAAAAACCAAACCCAUCAAAACACUCGCUCUUA